CAAUUUGAAAAAAAAAAAUAAAUAAUAAAAUGGCAAAAGGAUCAAAAGGAGCAAAAAGCAGAAGUUAAAGCAAAUCAGGAAAAAGUAACCAUUUCAAUAACUAAAUAAUUAGAAAGUGGAUCAGCAACAAAAAAAAUAAAGAAAGCAGUUUAAGCUGCAUCUCCUGCAAAAGUUGAUGUUGCAGCAGCAGCACCAAAGACUCCCGUUGCAUCAGCAAAGAAAGAUUCUGCAAAAAAAUCAACUCAAAAGAGUACAUAAAAAAGCACAUAGAAAUCAGUAAAGAAGAGUGCAGCUAAGAACUCAGUUAAAAAAGUAAGUGCUUAAAAAAGUGGCAAGAAAGCAUGAUG